AUGACUGCACAGAUUGAACAAGCCCACGAACCGCUGGCUGCGGACACGUUUGACGAUGUUGAUUCAGACUCUACUUUUUCGGGCUCGCAGUCUGACCUUGAAAGCCUGGAGUCACUUCGUUCAAGCGUCCUACAGUACCAAGUGGAGAAUGGCCGCACAUACCACGCUAUGAGCUCUGGAAAUUUGCAGCACAACCUUUGGCUUUUGACGCUUCAUGGAGAACUUGGUCUUAGCCCCAAGAUCAAAGGAUCUGCCAAGCGUGUUCUCGAUGCCGGUACAGGAACUGGCCUUUGGGCUAUCGAAUACGCUGAUGCCCACCCGGAAACCAAGGUGAUUGGCGUUGAUCUGAGUCCCAUCCAACCAAACAUGGUUCCACCGAAUUGCAUCUUCGAAAUCGACGACCUCGAAAAAGAAUGGACAUGGACAGAGCCAUUUGACCUCAUCUUUGCUCGUACCAUGACGGGAUCAUUCGCCGACACCAAAAAAUUCAUCAAGAACAGCUUCGAAAACCUCGAGCCUGGUGGCUAUCUCGAAAUGCAAGAUCUCACCUACCCCAUCGCCUGUGAUGAUGACACUCUCCUCCCAGACAGCGCCCUUGUCCGUUCCGGCAAGCUGAGUAUUGAAGCCAGCGCUAAAGCUGGGCGCGCCAUUGAUCUCGCUCCUCAGUACAAGGACUUCUUCGAAAAGGCCGGCUUCGUUGAUGUGGUCGAGAAAAAGUACAAGUGGCCUAUCAACGAGUGGCCAAAGGACAAGCAUCACAAGGAGCUUGGAAAGUGGUCUUACGCUAACAUGAACAAUGGAUUAGAGGGUCUCUUGCUUGCGCUGUUCACGAGGUUCUUGGGAUGGUCGGCCGACGAGGUCAUGGUUCUUUGCUCGGCAAUGAGAAAACAGAUUCGAGACCGAAAUGUCCACGCCUAUAUCCCUAUGUGA